CUUCACUUCAUCCACUAUAAAUUCCUCGGAGGCUGACGCGGUUCUUGCUCUAACCGUAUCGUGGCCGUCAAACAGGUGCAGGUGGACAGCCAGUCACACAAAGACUGGGAUUCGGCCCAAAAACGAAAUACCGCACGUGGCUUCCGACAGGCGAGGCUGCAAAGAAAUCAACCACAAGCCGACGUCGGCGGAGACGGUCUUUGAAAGGCGAAUUCGCAGAAUUCGACUCGACCAGGCUCACUGCGCGCAUGUUUGCGGCUCUUGGAUUGCAAAAUAUUCGACUCAUCCAGUCCUCAACAGAGCAGUGUUAUUACAGUAGUAGGGAAGCAUCCAUCAUCCCUCCAGCAGAUUGCGCCGACUGGUUAAGCCGUCCUAUACCGAUUAUAUAUCAUCCAAGUUCAACGGACGGAAAACGGUACAUGAUCUAUCACUAACUAGCAACACAACCCUUCGGCUUUCAAAAUUAUUCAUUCUGUAGACCAUACAGCGCAGUGGACGAUAUAUACUCAGAACUCUUUGUCUCAUGGACAAGUCAGACGCGGGCCCGUCUCGGCCAGCGGAGGUGCCAGCACCGGCACCCAUAGCAACAUCAAUUUCUAUCUCUCAAUCAUCACCAAAAUCAAGUCCCGCAGCAUCGUCCGCGGCGUCAACGACAGUCACCACGCCCGAACAAUCACCUGGCGCGGACGACGAUAUCUGGGACAUUUCAUCCGAGUACCACGAUGACGCGCAGCAUCAACAACAACAACUCCACAGGACAAACUCAUUGUCGCAUAAUGGCCAUGGAGACACCCCUGGAGACGAUGGCCCACGCCCUCAAAGAGGCGAGAUCUUAAGUGAUAUCCCGUCCCUCCGUCGCCAACACAUGACGGACGGGUACCGCGAGGGUUUGGCCGUCGGCAAAGCCCGCGUCAUGCAGGCCGGGUUUGAUGCCGGGUACCCAUUUGGCGUGGAGAUUGGACUACGUGUUGGCAAGGUCUUGGGGGUUCUAGAGGGGACUGUGGCUGCUGCAUCAGCUGCUGGUGGUGGUGGUGCUACGAGCACGAGUGCGAGUACAACCACAACUACGAUUGCGACUGCGACUGCGGGCAGUAGGAGUUCCAGUCACAGCAAAAAUACGGGGAUCGGGAUAGGUGUUUCUUCGGAUGAUGAUCGAGCGGUUGGAGUUGGUAGCAAGAUCGAGCUCACCGAAAGUCCCUCUGAUAGAGAUAGAAGCAGCACCAGCAGCAUCGGUUUGGACGUCCAAUUUGUGCGCAGUCUGCUCGACCGUGCAAAGGAGGAGCUGAAAAUCUCCGAGUUGUUGAAGAUGUUGGAUGAUGCGAAGAUUGCCCGGCUGGAAGAAACAGGAACCGACACAAAAGCCGCAGCAGAAACCACGUUGCCUGCUGCAGGCGAGGAAGAACCACCGGCGGCUAGAGAGACCAAUGAGUCCAAAGCGGCUGGUGCAAGCACGGGUUUGGCAGGUCAGGAACAGGCACGACAAGAAGGCGAAACGCCGCAAGAGACUCAAUCUCCAGCUCCAGCUCCAGCAUCAGAAGACGCAGCAUCAGUCGCGGGAAACAAUCAACAUGACCAGAACAACAGCAACAUUUCAAUUCCUGUGCUGCCGCCCGAGAUUGAGGCGGUGAUAGCAAGAUGGGAAUGUCUUGUUCUAGGAAGCCUGAGUUGACUCGAUUCUUGACUCUCGACUCUCCGCAGAUGGAAUAUAUCGUGCCUGAUAGUCCAGGUUGAGUAACACUAGUACAAGUCGUACGAGUUGCACAAUUCCCUACUCCAACCUCGCAUACCUCUCUCUGGCACCUUCUCUGGUCCUCUCAGCAAAAGCAUCAUACUUGCCCUUUGUGUUCCUCUCGGCCUCGACGACAGCAUCGCCUAAUUUGCCGCCUUCCGCUCCCAGACCUACACCUGCAACAUAAAUGUCCUGACUGAUUGGGGCGGUCAUGCCUUCGCCCGUGGCUCCCAGGCCUUGGCCCGCCGUAUAACCCAUCUUACUGAGCAAAGACGCGCCCUUCGAUUGUGGCAUACCAGUCUGAGCCGUCGUCGUUGCUGUGGCGGUCCCAGGGUCGUUGCCACCAUCUGCCGAGACUUGCAGUUGUUUUCUGGCAUGGCCACCGCCACCACCGACAUGUUCACCUUUUUUAUUAAACACACCAUAAAUCUUCCGCCGCUCCCGCGCCCGGUCACGGUACUGUGUGGCAGUAAGGACAGCAGGUUCAUGCUUGACCCCAUGUUUGGCCAGUUUCGCCUUUGCUUUCUUGACCUUGGCUUCAUCCUUGAGGUUUUGCCGGUGUAGAUCACUCAGCCGCUCGUGCUUGUUGACGUCGGCAUUGUUGGUGAACUGGCGCAUGCAGAGAUAGCAGCAGUGUCUGGCAGGGUCCGCAUACGACUGUGACGGUGGGGCUGAGAUGUUGUCACUGUUAUUAUCGCUCGAUCUUGCGUUAUCAUCGCCGGUUCCGACGCCGCCAAUCCCGGCUUUUGAUCCGAUUCCGUGCAAUUCGGCAUGUCUGUUGCUCCAGAAUUGAAGAUGAGACGGAGCAGCCUUUUUGACACCCCCGGCGGCAGCAGUGUCGGCGUCUGCUAGGGCUUUGCGUUUCUUCGGUUUCUCAGCCGUGUCUUUCGCUACUUUGGGCUCAGCUAUCGAGUUUUUGUUUGCCGUGGUGGCUUGUGCAGGCAUUGACACAGCUAGCUCGGUGACAUAUGCCGCCUCAUCCCAAUACGCUAGCUUCAUGGCCGGAUUGUUCAGUGGGCUGAAUGUAAAACGCUCGGAGCCGGGCUCAGGGUUCAUGACAGGCACAAAGACCCCUGCAUGGAUAUAGCUGACCAGGACCUGUUUCGACGCAAUGGUGAACCGCUCCAUCGAAAUGUACCGUGUCAAAGCCGCCUGUGCAUCCUCGAUAGAAGCAUACUCAGCAAAGCCGUACCGCCAGCUUUCAUUGCUUCUUCUAUCCCGCACCAAGAGAACACGUCUGAGAGAACCUUCCUUCGCUCCCAGGUUCGCGUUGCCGGUAGUCGAGGCAACCUUGGCGCCCUUUUUAGUGGCCGUUUCCUCGCGUUGAUUAGCCGAUGGUCCAGGUUUAUUCAGCUUGGCCACGCCCUUGGCCAGCAACUCUUCUGUCACUGAAGGCUCCAGACCUCGAAAAAGCAGAAACUGCGAUGGCGCAUUAUCGAGCGAAACAUCAUUGUCGCCAACAUUUGGUGCUUUGGCAGGGACUUCAAAUCCGGGCUCUGCGCAGACAUGAGCACUUGGUCAACCAAAAGAAAGGAGGAAAAAAUCAAUCUGACCUGGUCUCGGUGCUUGACAUCGGAAACACAUGCUUCGUGUGGAGAAGUUGUUGAUGGCGCACUUUGGAUUUUAUUAGACAUAUGAACCGACAUCCUGGGUUAUGCUCAACUCACCAUCGAGCAGAUCCAGUCGUCCUCAUCAGGUCGAGGCGCCUCCUUCCGUUCGCGCCCGAAAGCGAGCCGGACUUUACACACUCCAGGAGAUUCAUCGUAAUCACCGUAGAGAUAGAGAAACGGGUAGUGCUUGUCCAUAAAAGACUCUGCUUGCUGCAAGCUCGAGAAGCGGAGGAACCCGAAUCCCCGUGACUGUUCUGAAGGAUCAUGUGAGCUAUCUGGAAGCGUGAUAUCAUCCCGAAGACUUACUGGUUUGUCGGUCGCAAAUGACACGAACGUCGUCCAAGCCAUUGACAUGAUAAUACUGUUUCAACUCGACGCUAAUCUGUCACGGCAAAAAGUCCACAUCUUAGCACAUCAUGCCACACUCAGACACGAAAAGUAAGUGGGGAGAAGAAGAACAAGGAGGGGAAAAGUGUGAUGGUUGUUUUUUGUUCAAAGGGCAG